UUAUUUCAUACAAAUAUGUAUGAAAUUAGAUUUUAAUGUUACUUUCAUGGGUCGUCUUUUCUUUCGAAGGACAUCCAGCGACUUCAAGUUCAACAGAAGAUAAUCAAAUGAAUGUUGAUGUAUGGAUGCCCCUGGCCAUAACUCAUAUAGAAUAUCCACCAGGAGAUAUUUUUGGCAAAGGACUAGCCUUAAUGAGCCUGCUUCCUUUGGUCAUUAUUUCAGGAUUUGUUACUCUUAUCCUUUUCCGGAGAGACUUGCACACAAUCUCUUUCUUUCUUGGAACUGUUGUUAAUGAAUUAGUUAACCUGGUGCUAAAGCAUUUGAUCAAAGAAGCAAGACCAUGCAGAGGUGGGUUCGUUUUAAAUGUAGAGAAAGUUCCCUUUUUUGUGAGCAAACGUGGUGUACUAAACUUUUAUUUUUAUUUUCUUUUUAGACUGCAUCAUGCUAACAAUUGUUCUCCAUUAGAACAUGCUUGGAAGUUUAUGGCAGUGACUGGUGGGUUUGGAGCUGCCAUGGCUGUGUCUUAUAGCAGAAUAUAUCUCCAGUAUCACACAUGGCUACAAGUCCUCUGCGGGUCUGCUAUUGGGGUUAUCGUAGCUGCAGCUUGGUUUGGAGUCACACAGUUUCUCCUAACCCCUCUCUUUCCAGUUAUUAUGUCAUGGCCAAUUAGCGAGUUCUUGAUGAUAAGAGACACGACUUUAAUCCCAAACAUCAUGUGGUUUGAGUAUACGCAACAUCGAACCGAGGCCAGAGCAAGACAGCGAAAACUUGUUUGAACGAAGUCCCAGUAAGAGACAACUCGUCUGCUCAAUCAUGAUCCUAAUCGCUGUAUUUACUGUGUCCUGAUGUAGGGCUUGUAUUUUUAUACACUCUGUAUCAUUAAGCCUGGAGUAUCAAAUUUCAAAUGGAAAAAUCAACUGAUAAGGUGUACAGUUUUCAAUGAAUAACAAAAAGAAUUAACUGGAUUAAAGAGAUUUUGUUGUAAUUUUUAAGAAUUAUUACUUGGCUGAUAUUUGUAUAGUAACUUUCAGUGGUUUCUGUUUCUAUAAAUUCAUUAUAAUUUUA